GCGAGUGGAAGUUACAAUGGCAGCCAAGGCCGGACGUGUCACUCAAUGGGGAAGGACAUUUCCAGCACCUCAUGCAUCAGAAACCGGCUGAAUCCUCCUUGGGUACCAUUCGUUACCAGCAUCUAACAGGGGGGAACCAACGGCCGAACUAAGGUAGAGAGGUUUGCUCGAAGCAUUCUAGAAUCCAUGCCUACCUCUGACAUCUGAUUUUGCUUAUUAUUUACGGUCCCCUCCUAAUUCCUUUUUCCUCGAUCAGAUCUGCUCUAUUCGUCAAACGUAUAACUUAUACGCCCACCCAUUAGCCUCAGUAGCACCCGUCUUGCAUGUGCGCAUCAUGACUUGGGUGUCAAGCAUCAACGAGCGGGUAGCCGCAAGCCGUGUGGGCAGCUGGUUUCGCCUUGACGGCUCCGGUCAUGCUCGCACGCGUCAUGGCUCCAAGUUUCUCACAGAGAUCCGCGCCGGCAUCAUCACCUUCUUCGCCAUGGCGUACAUCCUCGCCGUCAACUCCAGUAUCGUCGCCGACUCCGGAGGCACCUGUGUCUGUGAGAACCCGGCCGCGGACGACCCCAUCUGCGCCCAGAACACCGACUACCUUUUGUGUAAGAACGAAGUCAAGAGAGACCUCGUCACUGCAACGGCAGCCAUCUCGUCGCUUGCCACUUUCUUCCUUGGUCUGCUGGCGAACAUGCCUGUGGGAAUCAGCACUGGCAUGGGUUUGAACGCCUACCUCGCAUACGAUGUCGUCGGCUUCCAUGGCACCGGCCCCAUCCCGUACGAGGUCGCCAUGACUGCCAUUUUUGUGGAAGGCCUCCUCUUCGUCGGCCUCACUGUUUUCGGCCUCCGACAGUGGCUUGCACGCGCCAUCCCCAGGUCCAUCAAGCUGGCUACCGGCGCCGGUAUCGGCCUGUUCCUUACUCUUAUCGGACUCUCCUACGGCCAAGGCAUUGGCUUGGUCCAGGGCGCCACUGCAACGCCCCUCCAGCUGGCUGGAUGCCCCGUUGACGCUCUGCUGGAAGACGGAUCUUGCCCGGGAUCGCACAAGAUGCGCAAUCCUACCUUGUGGCUGGGCAUCUUCUGUGGCGGCAUCCUUACCGUCGUGCUCACCAUGUUCCGCUUCAAGGGCGCCAUUAUUGCUGGCAUUCUCAUCGUGUCCAUCAUCUCUUGGCCGAGGGGAACGUCGGUAACCGUCUUUCCUAACACGCCCGUGGGCGACGAUGACUUUAACUUCUUCAAAAAGGUCGUCUGGUUCCACCCUAUCCAGCGUAUUCUUGUCGUGCAACGGUGGGAUGUUAGCCAAUACGGUGCUCAGUUCUGGCGUGCCCUCGUCACUUUCCUUUAUGUGGAUAUCCUCGACUGCACUGGUACCCUGUAUUCCAUGGCCAGAUUUGCCAGUCUCAUCGAUGACCAUACCCAAGAUUUCGAGGGCUCGGCCACAGCAUACCUGGUCGACUCGAUCAGUAUUACUAUUGGCUCUCUCUUUGGUACAUCCCCCGUUACCGCCUUCAUCGAGAGUGGUGCUGGCAUUAGCGAAGGAGGCAAGACGGGUAUCACGGCCAUGUCUACGGGCAUAUGCUUCUUUAUUGCCAUUUUCUUUGCCCCAAUCUUCGCUUCCAUCCCUUCGUGGGCUACUGGCUGCGUUUUGAUUCUGGUGGGCUCCAUGAUGAUGCGCGCUGUCACCGAGAUCAACUGGCGUUAUAUGGGAGAUGCCGUGCCGGCCUUCUUGACCAUCACCGUCAUGCCCUUCACCUACUCCAUCGCCGACGGUAUGAUUGCUGGCAUCUGCAGCUACAUCAUCAUCUCGCUGCUCGUUUGGGCCGUUGAGACGCUGUCUGGUGGCAGGCUCAAGGCUGCCGGAAGGGAGCACAAAGACCCGUGGACCUGGAGGAUCCCCGGCGGGUUGCUGCCCGGAUGGCUCACCCGACUCUUCAAGGGCAAGAAGGACUUCUGGCGGCCCUGGCCCGAAGUUGAGUCCGACCAUGACCAUCACUCGACCAUCAACGAGCACGAGUUGAACAGCAUCGGCCAACACCAGACCUGGGUCAAGCCCGGUGAUGCUUUGCCAUAUGUGAAGACGGAGAUCCGAUCCGGCGGGGGUAAGGAGUAGACGUGGGUCAUAGAGGAAGAUUAUUUUGUACGAUAGAAUGCUUAGUGUGCGAAUCUGGCCUGCGGAGAGUAUCGGUCUAUACCAUCAUGUCCUGGUUGUAUCAAUGCUUUUAUUGUCCCGAACGUGCUGUUUGACUUGCUGCCGAG